CCAGAGAGAAUACAGCAGUCACUCGCACACUUUAUUGCCACAACGGCGCCAACUGCUGCCUCCUUUAAUCCUACAGCAGUCCGGCGCGGUGAGGCUACCGCACCAAUGCUCUUUACAUGUGAUGCACUGUGCUUCAUGCCGCAGAUAAAAUUAUUGAUACCCAGGGGAUCAAAUGAUAGCUAUAUUCAUUGUGGUUCUAAUUAUGACCAGAUGUGGAGGUCUGCAAAUGCGUAUCUCAAUCAGCGUCUUGUGCGUGGCCCUGAAACUACGUACCGUUAUCUGAGUGCUGGGGGUUUUGUGGCGCGAGUAUGGGCACUUCGUGCUGCAACGCCUGUCUACUAUAACGUCAUGUCCAUGGUCGAGAAGAGAAAAUGGUGGUGUGACAACACAAUCUGGUCGUUUGUGUAUGUCUGGAGCAUAUGGCAGAACCCUCGGGUUUCUAAAAGGUUACGUUUACCAUAUGGAAUGGUGAGUCUUGACUACAACCAUUCCUUUUUCCUUGCACCACACAAGGGUGUAGAUGCUGUUCCUGCCAUUUUGCAUUUACCGGGGCCCAUAACACAAUGGAAGAGAUACCUGUUAAGGUUUAUGCAACUCACUUCAUGGGCACAUGAGUUGAAUAAGGGUUCCCAUUCAUUUGUAUCCGGUCUACGCCAUUCUCUCUCCACUACCCUCGUGAAGGUGUACAACACUUCCGGUCAUACUAAUUAUUACCGCUUUGGAAGGAUAUGUCCUGUAAAGAAGGUUACAAGGCUGGAUUGGCUUACAAGACCCCAACCAAAGUAA